AUGGGGGGAGGAGGUGUAUCGUUGAGAUCAUUGGACGAUAGAGGAUGCAAGUUGGACAGGCGAAGCCCAAUAAAAAAUGAGACAGGAAGGCAAAGGACGCUUAAUCUUCCACCAGUUUCAACAGAGGUUUUAGACGAUAACUUGUUACCUGGUGCUGCUAGUUUUCUGUCUCACCUUUUGUAUGUGCCAACAAAAAAAUUCAUCCAAAUGGGAGAGUAG